AUGCCCCUCCUAGCCUGUCUUGCCUCUGCGCAGGGUAUUUCCAGUGUUAAUGGACUGAAGUUCAAUAUCGAUGGCGUAACCAAGUAUUUUGCAGGAACCAAUUCGUACUGGAUUAGCUUCCUCACAAACAAUGCCGACGUUGACAAGUCGUUGGAUGACUUCAAGAGCAGCGGGCUAAAAAUCUUGCGGAUUUGGGGGUUUAACGACGUAAAUGCCAUACCAAGAUCAGGAACCGUCUACUUCCAAGCGCUGGUGCCUGGCAAGCCAGCUCAGAUCAACACCGGCGCCGACGGCUUGCAACGCCUCGAUUACAUCGUCAAAGCCGCCGAAGCGCGCGGAGUCAAACUGAUCAUCAACUUCGUUAACAACUGGGACGACUACGGUGGCUUCAAAUCAUACAUGAAAUUCUUCGCCAACGGCGCGGACAAUACGGGAUGGUAUACGCACGAGGCGGCGCAGAAUCAAUACCGCACUUACAUCCGCACCGUGGUGAAUCGCUACAAAGCUUCCUCGGCGGUGUUCGCGUGGGAGCUAGCGAACGAGCCGCGGUGCAAAGGCUGCGACACGUCGGUUAUCACAAAGUGGGCGACGGAGACGUCGAAAUACGUUAAAUCUUUGGACUCCGAGCACCUGGUCACGCUGGGAGAUGAAGGGUUCGGGUUGCCGGGCGAUGGCUCUUACCCGUAUCAAUUUGGCGAAGGGGUGGAUUUCGUAAAGAAUCUCGCCAUUCCGACGCUCGAUUUCGGUACUUUUCACCUCUAUCCAGAGGGCUGGGGUGUAAGUAACGAUUUUGGGAACGGUUGGGUCCAGAGCCAUGCAAAAGCUUGUGCGGCAGCGAAGAAGCCAUGCCUGUUGGAGGAAUAUGGUGUGACCAAAGAUCACUGUGGUGUUGAGGCUCCGUGGCAGAAAACCUCAAGGAGCACGAAUGGCAUAGCUGGGGAUCUUUUCUGGCAGUUUGGGGAGACCCUCAGCUCGGGGAAAACGCACGAUGAUGGUCACACCCUCUAUCACGGCUCAAGCGACUGGACAUGUCUCGUUACAAAUCAUGUAAAAGCCAUCGGCUAAGUACUUGAUUACUAGUAUGUAGGAUCGCCUCGAAGGAUCAACCGGGGAUUGUCUGGACACGCGAAAUACAGUGCAU